GUUUAUUAACAGUAAACACACCGUUUAUUUAUUUCAAAAAAAUUAUCAACCCCUGCUCGUCCUGUAGCCGUUAUCCUCCAUCCCCUCUCUCCUUUUCUGAAUUUCUUCUUGCUUUAAUCUUCCAAUUUUUGAAUCAUCAAGAAAAGCCUUCUGAUUAUUGAAUAUGGAUUCUGAUUGUAUAAAUAGCAUUACCCAGAUAUGGAAAAAUCUACUGGCAGUCAUCGAGGAAGACAAGAAGAAAUCGUCUGUUCCUUCUGACCAGGACCUUCUGAACGCGUGUGUGGCAUUCCGGGCGGCCAACCCUGAUUUGGACUGUCCCCCAUUUGAAGAUUUAGAUGCUGUUUGCCAAUUUUGCAACAAUUGGCUCAAAUGCAAGGAGGACCCAUGUGAAAUUUGGAGACGCCUUAAAGAGUUGGCUCACGUAGAGUUCGAUCCCACUGCGCUCGGAUGUGAUGACGAAAUCCGUAUGGUUCUAUCGUACUUGGCCUUUCACGAUUCUGAUUUCUCCCGACUCGUCCAAGAGCUACGAGCCCACCGUAAACGUCGUCGUUGGCGUCGUGAAGGUUUGGAAUCUGACCCAGAUGAUCAAGCGAGUCCACAUACGGGAAAGAGGCAGAAGUUGGAUCUUGACGUCUUGCCCGGUAGUUUAGAUGGUGUGGGUAUGGCCAAUUAUGAUGUGGAUAGCUCAGGAGAAGAAUGUACCAGCGACGCGGUCUUUAAGUGUCAAAAGUUGGAUCUACAAGCCCUACCUGGUUGUUUAGAUGAUUUGGGUUUUGGCACUGAUGAUAUAGAUAGUUCAGUGGUUGAAAGUGACAAGGAUGAUUCUGUCUUUUACAGGUCUUUGGAUUCAGCUAGGCAGAUGGAGUCUGCAGCGAAUGAGGCUCAAAACCAAAAGAAGUGGAGCGAAGUUGAGUUCUUUUGUCGCAAAGCAUCUGAUUCUUAUAUUGAGUGUGACUUAUCACAUUUAGCAGCGGAUGCGCUUGCUAAGGCUGCACGGUAUGCAUGGAUGUCUUUCUACUUUUUAUUAUGAUAUGUGCGGUUUCCUGUGUCACUGUGUGUGCAUUUGUGCAGUUACAUUCUUUAUAUUGAGAUUUCUACUGGUUGACAUGUGGAAAUUCUUUAUGUUCAUGGAGUAUCUUGGCAAACAGAGCACCUAUGUGUAGUGUACCUAAUUCUACUGGAGAUUCAAGUUUUAGCUUAUUUUGUUCUUGUGCUAUUAUCUAUUAGUUUGAGUAUAAAAUUCAGGUAUCUCCCCGAACAAUAUGCUUAGUGAAACUUGAAAAAAAAAUACUGAAGUUCAAGAUGGCAUGUAUCAUUGAUUGGAUACCUUUAUUUAAGUAUAACUUUGUAAAUUGGUGGCCUCUGUUAUCAUUUUGAAAUAGCUGGUGAUUUAGAAGUUAACUAGGCAGAAAGAGAAAGGAAGGGAGAGAGGAUUAAGAGAGAUUUAUUGGUCUCUGGAGCUCCAACUCUCCCAUAAAUAUUUCUGUCUACUUUUUGAAGUCAUCUGGGUAACUAAUAAACUGCUGUUACAUACACCCUCUUUCCUUGCAGCCCCCCCUUUUUUUGUUCUCCUUUAGAUUCAUAUCUUAUCAUUACUUAUGAAAAGGGAAUUCUUUUGCAGCGCCAUACAAGAUGCCUUGCCUAUAGAAGCAAUUAACCUGUACACAGAUGCUGCUAUAAUUCUAGAGGAUGAGGGAAAGGAAGAUAUGGCUUUUGAUCUAUGCUAUGCAGGUGGAGAUAUCUCUGAGAAGUUGGAAACGUAAGAAAAUUCUUUCUUUACUGAUGAAAAAUGAAUAAUAGGUUUGAUGAAGUGUAAAUUGUGGAAAAAAAACAACUGUAACAUAAAACUCAAGCCAAAUGUUGUGCUCACUUAUACUGCAAGGCAAGUUAAACAAAUCUGGGAUGUUAAAGGUUGAUAGUGUGUGAAUGUGGGUUCUGUUACUAACCUCUCUUCCUGUCACAAUAUACUAAAAAUGACCCCUGUUUGCUAAGUCAUUUACUAUGAACUGAUUGUGUGUCUGCUUGGUCUAAUUUUCUUAUUCUUCUUCUGUUUUUUUUUUUUUUUUUCCUGAUUUCCCACAGGUAUAAAGAUGCGUAUUUUGUCUGGUUCACAGACGAAGGAGAUAAAUAUAAAGCUUUCCUUAACUCACUAUCUUAGAUGCCGCAUAUCUACUCAAUUGCUCUCUUGAUCUUAGAUGGGUUCUCAAUGCUUAGUUCCUUCCCCUUUUUUGAUUGUAAAUUCAAACUCUAGGUUCUGAUGCAUCACGUUCAUUGGUUAUGUUACUAUAUAUACUACUCCUCAGUCCUCAUUUUGAAAAUAUAGUCCAUUUAUAUUGUUUUAGUUCAACAAGGAUAAUAAUAGUGUGUUAAAGCUGAUGCAUCACAUUUCAAUUAUGUACAUAGAUGAUGAACUCUAAUCUUUCAUCUUAGUUGGGGGCAGUUUACAAGUUGAACAUUAACCAUAUUCAAAAUAAACAUUUUGUUGAAAUUCAACGUGGCUAUUUACAGCAAACUCACA